AAAUACCAUACAACACAUCAUGGCCUCUACCACUGGCUGACUACCAUUUUUUUCUUCUUGACGGGGAUUUCCUGAGGAAGUAAGACCAAAGCAAAGGGGGCUUUCCAACCACUAGACAUCAAGACAAGAGCAAGUCAGCAGCGGCUGCUUUUUCUGCUAUAUUCCCGUAUGGAUUUUAGUACAUUUCCUUUUAACAUUCUGUUUUUAAAAUGUCAGCUACCGAUCAAAAGCCUCUAGCUGCCUGUUUUAAAACCGGCAGUGUUUGGUCGUUUUCAUUGUAAGCGGUUACAUUGUGGUGUUCAUGAACGUGCCAUUCAUCGAAGCUCCAUUUGUAACAUUGUAGCUCCUGGAAAACGGCGUUGCGUUGGCCCACGUUAUAUCUGAUUCAUGUCAUGUCAGCAGGGCGGAAUGCGGACGGGCGGGAGCUGCAGAUCCCCCUCCAGCAAUGCGCUCUCUCCCUGGCCGCUCUCUCCCUGGCCCAGCGCCCCUGGCCCAGCGACCACGUGGCAGGCUUCCUACCCCAGCACGGGGGCUUCAGGGACCACUUCGUAGCCACCCCGGAACCCAAGUACUGCUGUGAGUCCUGCAAGCUGGUGCUCUGCAACCCCAGGCAGACAGAAUGCGGACACAGGUUCUGUGAAACCUGUAUCUCUGAUCAGCUAAGCAAACCAAAUCCAGUAUGUCCAGAAGAUAAGGAACCUCUGUUCAAAGACAAGGUCUUCCGUGACGUAUGCUGCCAUAGAGAGAUCAUGGCUCUGAGAGUGUACUGCAGGAGUGAAAAGAACGGCUGUAAGGAGCAGAUCAGUUUACAGCAGGUCAUGGAUCAUUUAAAUGUGUGUCCGUAUUUUGAGGUGCCAUGCCCUUUGGGAAAGUGCAAAGAGAAGAUGAUGCGCAAAGACAUUCCUGAACAUUUGAGUUGGAAAUGUAAACACAGGGAGACCACCUGUGAAUUCUGCAUGCAGAAGAUGGCCAUGACUGAGUUACAGAAACACAAAGACACCGUUUGUCCUUCAUUUCCGGUGGCCUGCCCCAAUCAUUGUACUUUCCCCUCCAUCUUACGGAGCAAACUGACGAGUCAUCAACAUGAGUGUCCCAAGGCUCAUGUCACCUGCUCCUUUAUCCGCUUUGGAUGCAAUUUCAAGGGUCUCAACCAAGACAUGAGGGACCAUGAAUCUAGCUUUGCCUCUGAACACCUGCGGUUGAUGGCAACCAGAAACACUACACUGGAGGCCAAGGUGGAGGAUGUUAAAGGAGAGCUUCUAGAGCGGUACAAGGUUCUGCCGGGCCUGAGCAGCCGUCUGUCUGAAACAUUAUCUCACUACGAGGAGAUGAGGGAGAAGAAUAGACAGCUGGACCAGAAGCUCAAUGCCAUGCAGGAGUUGAUGAGUUCCCACUCUGAGAAGCUUCUGGAGAUGGAGCUGGAGCUGAGGUCUCUGAGGUCUGUCCGAGAGGAGGUGGAGACCCUCCGAGGAACCGUGGAGAGCAUCCGCUCCAGAGUCGCCACUCUAGAAGGAGGGCGGGGCGGGGCCAACCCAGCCACACACACACUAGAGACACAGCUCUCCCGUCACGACGACAUGCUGAGCGUCCAUGAGAUCCGACUAGCAGACAUGGACCUGCGCUUCCAGGUCCUAGAGACUGCCUCCUUCAAUGGGAUGCUCAUCUGGAAGAUCCGUGACUACAAGCGGCGGAAACAAGAAGCCGUGGCGUCAAAGACCCUGUCUCUCUACAGCCAGCCUUUCUACACUGGCUACUUUGGCUACAAGAUGUGUGCCCGGGUCUACCUGAACGGAGACGGCAUGGGGAAAGGAACCCACUUGUCGCUGUUCUUCGUGGUGAUGCGUGGCGAGUACGAUGCCCUUCUGCUCUGGCCCUUUAAGCAGAAGGUGACCUUGAUGCUGAUGGAUCAGGGCCCAGCCAGAAAGCACUUAGGGGAUGCCUUUAAACCAGACCCCAAUAGCAGCAGCUUCAGACGGCCCACGGCAGAGAUGAACAUAGCCUCAGGCUGCCCGCUGUUCGUGGCCCAGACUGUGCUGGAGAACGGUACUUACAUCAAGGACGAUACCAUCUUCAUUAAGGUCACAGUAGAUACGUCUGACCUCCCUGACCCCUGACCUAUGGUCUGUAGAGAACAGCAGAUGUAUCCGGAUCAGUUUUAUCUGUCAGAGGGAGAGGUGCCCUUAUGUGAGAGAGAUUGCAAGAUGAAAUGGAGUAAAAAAAGGAAGCAGAACAGAACAAAAAAGUUAGUAGAAUAAGGUUUCUUUGCAGAUCUCAGUGUGUAGCCUAAGCCUGUAGAAAGAGCAGAGUGGACCUCCGAGCAGUAGCCUUUGGGCCCUUUGUUGCUCACCAGAGAGGUGUGAGGAUUAUUUUUCAACAAGGGAGAUAUGUCACAAGCAGGGUUGGGUAGGUUACUUUCUAAAUAUCAUCCGUUACAGUUACUAGUUGCCUUUCCAAAAUUGUAAUCAAUAACGUAACUUUUGGAUUACCCAAACGCUUUGUUACUUUUAGAUUAUUUUCCCCUUAAGAGGCAUUAGAAGAAGACAGAAAUGUAUGUUACCAAUUGAACUACAUCUAUUGCAGGAUAAAUCAAUGUUAAAGUUUACAUAGCUGGCCUUAUAUGGAUGUUACAUUUUACAUUAUGGGUUGGUUAUGUAGGCUUCUUCCAACCCAUCGCUUUCUACUACAUACAAUAAUACGAUUUAAAUUAUAUAUUUACAUUAAAAACCUAACUCAGAUUUCCAGUCAUUCCAAUAAAUGUUAUACCCCUUGAUCUUCAAGAAUAGGAUGUGGAAAUAUGGAAGUAUAGAUUCGCCAAAUUGUUUUACCAGAGCACAACCCCAAAACUAAGGACUUAUUAGCCAGCCCUACUCUGUUGUUUGAUUUUUGUUAUUGGGCUCAUUGAUUCAAGUAAAAAAAUAAAUGCUGCACUCAUGGAAUGGCAUGCUUUGAGCACUACUGAAGAGUGCUAUUUACAUGUAAAAAAUGAAUGCCAUUUGCUGUAGGCCAAUUGUUUUCACCUUUUUGUUGGUGACACUUUAAUAUCUCGAUAAUAUGCAGCUGUUUAAAGGGCAAAUCCACAGAUGAAACGAUAACAAAAUGGCCACCCUUCCUCUGUUUUGGUAAAAAGCUGAGGGAUGGGCCUGGUGAAAUGUAACCACUCAGAUUAAGACACCGCUAUGGAUGCAAGGACUGACCAUCCAUGAUAUGAAAAUUGUUUUAACCAUGUUAUGAGGCUAUACAGUGUAUGUUUACAUUUAUGAGGCAUUUAUAAGUUCAAUUCCUCAAGAAGCAAUGGAUAUUUUGUUUAUCAGCAUGAAUUAGAUUGAGCAAUAAAAGACCCACUUUUAUUCCAUAGGCUGAGAUCCGCACUAAGCAGCUGUUUUCACUGGCUGUCCACUUGUUUCAAAAGCAAUGAUUGAUAUGCAGCUUAAACUUUUUGAAUUCAACCAUUUAUUGGGGUCAAAUACCCAUUUAUAUUUGUGAACAGCCAUCCACAAUCCAUCCGUAAGUCGCAAAUAGCAAAAUGAGAGAGAGAAGCAGUGUGAUUUACAUCAAUAAGCAUCACUGCUGUCAUCCUUACUUCCAAGCGUUUAUUCAAGUUGUAUAAUCUUUGGAUGCCGACAGCAGUCGCACCAUUUGAAGACAUAGCUUGGACUGUAGCCUACAAAAGCCUAUUCCUGCUCUUUUCCCGCGAUCCAUCAAACACAUUUGGUGUGUCAUCAUAGUGGUCUCUGACUUGUGGUCAGACUCGCUCAGGUGGAACAAACUUAAACUUGCACCUGUUUCCUCAAUGACGUUCAAAUCAGCAUUGAAAAAAUAAGUGUAAAAGAUUUCUUUUCGCAAACAUCCUUUCUGAAUUUAUAAGUAAUCCUCUAAAUAAUCAUAGCGUUUUUCAAAAGUAUCUGUAAUCUGAUUACAAUAUUUUAGCUGGUAAUGGAUUACAGUUACCGUUUUUUUGUAAUCCAUUACUCCCCAGCCCUGGUCACCAGUGGCAACCAGGCUGAAUAUUAAAUAGAGCAGUGAGCAUGGUGGUUUAAUAAGUGAUAAUGCCCUCGAAGCUGGUUUUUGGAGGAUAUAUUUGCAGGGGUGUUGUUAGGCAAACCGUGCCAAUAUGUCCUCCAAACACCGUCUUCGAGGGCCUUAUCACUUUUAUUACAACGGGUUACCAACGUUUUCAAAUAAUGAUUGACAUAUUUUCAUAAAUGUUAUUUUGAUUAAUUUAUUCAUAUUGUUUCAUUCUUCCACGAGAUAUAGUCCUGACAGAAAUCUAGGGUUGCUACCCAAGCCAGCUGGUCCUUCGUUCUAUUGGUUUGGUUGCCAGAGGCACGACCCAGUUAAGGAUUUUUGUUCUAAAUCUAUGGAUUUUGUUGAUGGCUGGCAACUUUCUUAUCCCUUGCUAGCUAGCCAACUUUAGCUAACACAGCCAUGUCAAACAGUGCAGCUAGAAUAACAUCAACGUAGCUGCAUUUGCAUUUGUUUAAGCUGUUUUCUAGUGACGUUAUUUGGAUACAUCCAUAACAAUGAGCUAAUGAUGCUCAAUUUCAACUGGCAUAGAAAAUGUGCUCUCUCGUCGGGGUACUUGUUCAGAGGAGCUAGCCAACAACACAACUAACCCAGUAACUUCAAACUGUAAAGACUGAACUAGCAGCAUUUUGUUUGACCUGUUUUCUGUUGACAUUUAUUUGUAUAUAUCCAUAAAAAAUAUGGUGGUUCAUGAUUUCGACUGGCUGAUAAAAGCUGUUUGCCUGUCUGUCUCAUCCCGACUCCCGACCCUACAGGUUCAUUGCUAUGGGACAGCUGGAGAUUGAAUUUCAAUAUUGAAACAAUGUUGCAAAUGUCAAAGAGACAGACCGCAAGGUUUAUACAAAUCUCUGCUAUUGAAAACCAAUUGCUAGUCUAAAAGAAGUGUGAGAAUGUCUAGAUGCUUUUUACAAUGGAGAGCAAGUUAAUAAAUUGUCUGGCUGGGCUGAUGAGACGGUGGAUUGCGCAGUGAGAUGGAACAGAGUAAACAGUCAUUUUAACGUCAUAGUUUUAGCCGGUGGUAACUUGUGGGAUAGACACCGGCUUGAAUGUGGUUUUAACCAAUCAGUGUCCAGGAUUAGACCCACCCGUUGUAUAAGUCUAAAGAAUGUCUAUGCUACUCAGAGCAGGGAUAGGUAUAAAUGGCAUGGAGAGUGGAUCAUUCUAAGCCAAGUUAUCAGGAUGUAACCAUCAUCAAACUACAUGGACCCAUUAUGUAUGUAUGGCAAUCUACCAAAACUAAAGAUCACAUAGAAUGGAGAUAGUGAAUCAAUUUACUUCGACAUUAAUAAUUUCUGCCUUGAAGAACAUGAGUGGGACAACGCAUCAUCCAACGCAAGUCGAGGUACAGACAUAUUACAGGAGACAUCAAAUAUCACUAAGGAGAACUCGACUUGACUUUGUUUGAUGAAACAUUUCUAAAUUAAAGCUGGAAGAGACAAUCCCACAUGACAUGUUGGAUAAGGAGAUACAAUACUUUACCUUGUUGUGUUUGCAUUGCUGGUGAAGUUUGGUCGUAUUAUUGCAUUGUUAAAGUACAGAAUGUAACGUAUAGUAUGUAUGUUUCCAGUGUUGUGAUGGUGUUGGAGAACGUUGUUGAUUGACAAGCUUUUAUUAACAGUCGUUGUGUGAGUAGUAGUGUUUUGUGUGCAGGCUCUUAUUUCAGAUUUGGUUUUAGUGGACCUGGUACUUAGGCAGUGUGCAAAGUCUGCAUCUGAAACGGCACCCUAUUCCCUAUAUAGUGCACUACUUUUGGCCAGAGCUGGCCAAAAGUAGUGCACUACAUGGGGAUUCAGGUGCUAUUUCAGACACAUAUGGCACAAAGGAAUGGAUACACACUGGUAUAGAAAUGCCACUGCUUCGUGGAGUUAACAGGAAUAGCCUUUCAUUUCUGAAGAUCUAUAUAGAUCUGUAAAUUACUUCUAUACCGCUUUUUGUACCAAUACCUUACACAUUGUUUUUGUAAUGUUCAAAACAGAUGCUGUGCAUCAUGCUAAUUAUUUUUUUUUAACAGUUGGGAAAGCAAAAUGCCUCAAACUCCAACCAUGUUGAUUGAGCUGAGACAUAAAGUGGACUUGUUUUCGUGUUGGUUGGUGGAGAAUGUUAUUUGCACAAGUUAUGUUUUGAAUGUGUAAUAUUAAAAUUGUUAAAAAGAA